UGCAUGAAUACUCUUAUCAAAUCAAUAGUAGGGAAAUUCUCGACAGUUGCAUUACAUGCUUCUUUUCCUUUUGUAGGAUACAAAUACGAUGACAUUGAUGCAUCCAGAAGCUAUAGAUUAAGAUCUUUACUCUCUGAAAUAUGGGAUAAUAGAAUAGACGAAGGAUUUCAUAUGGCUUACGAGUAUUUGUUAUUUAAAUAUGUUAGACAAUUUAUUUAAGCACUUAGUGAGAAAGACUUUCAAUUUAUUUCUACAAUAGCUAAUGGAAAUCUAGAAAGAUCUCUAGAGAAAUAUAAUUUUCAAUUGUUGAAUCUCAAGAAUGGAACUAAAGAUAUAAUCUAUUCUGAUUUAACGUAUAAUUAUAUAAUAUUAGAAGAUUAUCAAUAGGUGACAGAUCAUAAUAAUGCGUAAAGAUCUCUCUUUUUGAUUGUAUUAAUUUAGAUGUAUAUGGUAAUGAAAAUGAACGAUCUGAAAUUGAAAAGUAUAUUUAUAUCCUAAUUAGUAUUACAUUCCGAGUUGAAUGCUACAUAUUAUCAUAGUUAAUGUUGUAUCCAACUCCAGAUGCUCAUUUAGAAUCAAUUUAUCAUAGAGUAUUUAUUAAAUUUAGUUUAUAGGUUAUGUUCGAACUGAAAUUGACAUAAGCAGCAAAAUCAAAUCCAGAUUUAAUUAAAGUGAUGCUCUUGAAUUCAAAAAAAAGAAUCAAAUAUCUUAGAAACCAUUUUAUAGGAAAACAAUACGAAUGGCGCAUUAUGGAGAUUGAUAAUUUAAACUUGUGA